UCUCUGUGUUUUAGAUAUAAAGAUGGUUUGUGUUGAGGAUUAUUUACAGCCAACAAAAAUUAGAAUAAAGAAAUAGCCAUGAAACUUUUUAGCAGAUGGGAAAUCUCUAAAAUAGCGUAGUAAAUAAUCCACAGGUAUGACUAAUCUUCAAGAGUUUUUCUACCAAAAUCAUGCUAAGGUUUAAAGGCCUUAGAGGAGUGGGAAAUCAUGUAGAAAUGCAGGAUUAUAUGAUAGUAAAAUAGCUUCCUACCAAGGAAACUGAAAAGAUAUGGAUGAGCAAUACAAAAUGGAAGGAAGAAUGAAAAACAUAUUGUUUAUUUCAGAGUUUCUCAACCUCAACAAUAUUGAAAUGUGUGGAUUUCAACUCUGGGAUGGGGAAUUCUGGGAGCUGAAGUCCAAAUAUCUCAAGUUGCUGAAGUUGAAAAGUACUGUUUUAUUCCAUCUUUUAUCAGCUUCUAUUCACUUACAAAGAAUUCCUUGUCAUCACUGGCAGCAAGCUGGUAAAGGAUUCUGGUCAGAAAUGUUGGGUGUCGGAGAUUUUUACUAUGAGUUAGGUGUCCAGAUUAUUGAAGUCUGCUUGGCUCUCAAGCACAGAAAUGGAGGAUUAAUAAUAUUGGAUGAACUCCAUCAACAGGUGCUCAAAGGAAGAGGAAAAUUUGCUCAAGAUGUUAGCCAAGAUGACCUUAUCCGAGCAAUUAAGAAGCUGAAAGUUUUAGGAAAUGGCUUCGGGAUUCUUCCUGUUGGUGGGACAUACCUGAUCCAGUCUGUGCCAGCUGAACUAAACAUGGAUCACACUGUUGUGAUACAGCUUGCUGAGAAAAAGGGAUAUGUGACUAUAAGUGAAAUCAAGUCCAGUUUAAAGUGGGAAAUGGAACGAGCCAAGCAAGUGCUGGAUCAUUUGCUGAAGGAAGGGAUGGCCUGGCUUGAUACACAAGCUCAAGGAGAACCACAGUACUGGCUACCUGCCCUCUUUACAGAACUGUACUCUCAGGAAAUCACACCAGAAGAAGCAAAGGAAGCUUUACCUUGACAAUAUCAAAGAUGAGUAAUAACUGAACAUUUGCUGAUUGUUAAUAUGGUAACAUUGAACGGUAGUUAUUAUUCUGGAUCUUAAAAUAUUUAUAAGAAAAUAUCUGCUUUGCUAAUAUCUAAUUUCAGCAUGUAUUUGAUACUAAAUGUGGAUUUCUGCCAAAUGAAGAUUUUUAUUUCAUUAGCAAGUUUCUAGUUCUUGUAAUGAGGAUGAGAUGGCAGGAGGGAAUCUGUCCAAAAUUGUAGCCUUUUCUUUCAGUUCUUGUAAAUGUUUAGAAUGAGGAUUGAUGUCAGAUGCUAAAACUGUUUGAUUUCUUUUCAUUUGCUUAUCCCAAGUUUGUUGAGUAAUAUAUUGGCUGAACUGUAUAUAUACUGAAUCUCUUCACUUAAAGGGGUCUGUUUCUGUAUGAUGAAACAGCUGGACUUCUUUAUUGCUACUGGGAUUUUGGGUAAAGGACCAAACUAUUAUUAUUAUUUCCAACUUAUGUAUCAUUGGAGGUUUGCACAAUUUCAUUUUUUUUUUUUUUUAAAAAAAGCAAGAGUAUCUUGAAAGACAGUUUAGAAAGUCAUGGGUAAAACUUAGUUCAAUUUCAGCCAUCAGGCAGUCAGGGUUUCUCUGACCUGAGAUACUGUGUGAAAACAUAUCUUCACAACCAUAACCAUGUUGUGCCUUAGCAUGUUGAAAUCUGUAAACAGUAUAUUCUUCCAUAUUUGUGCAGUGCACAUAAAAAUUUGAAAUUCAUAAAGCUAUGUAUUAAACUUCAUGUUGGGGGUAUAAAAUUUUAUUAACCGUUUGAAAAAUCAUUGACUGUAUUGAAGUCUUACUGAUUUCCAUAAAUCAAUAAGUUUAUGUUCUGAAUAUAAUUCAUGGAUAUAAAAAUAGACAGGAUAAAACUUAUUUGAGGACUUACUACUCAUGACUGAAAAGUUACUUAGGCUGGUAGAAGAAUUUUCUGUAGCUAUAUUCACAGAUCAUGUUGUGUGGAAGAAGAAACUGCUUCCUGUAACAUCCUAAGAAUCAUCUACGACUUCAUACAAAAUACAAGGAAGAAUUUAUUGGGGAUAAUUUAUGUGAAGAGUUGGACUGCUAUAGAUUGAUGCCCUAUCCAGUGGUGUUGAGGUUACGAGUAGAUCAAGAGACAGCUGUUUAUCUAGAAGAUGCAAGCAAUUGGCUAAUGAAUUCCCACAAAAAAGUAUCAGACAAAGUCAUAGUGUAGUAUAGGAACUCAAUCUAAGGUAUGUUUUAGUUCAAGGAUUUUCAGAAUUUUUCAGUCUACCAGUCAAUUUUUUUCCAGAAUUCCCCAUUAAGAGAUGAAACAGUACUGAUAAAACAUUGGCAAUAAAAUGAAGAAUAAACUGUUUAUUUUAAAUGCAAAAUUAACACUUCCAAUGUACAAAAAAUAAAACCUGAAUUUUACAUGAA